CCUCCUCCCGCUCCCGCACGUCCGAUCUGCCCCCCUCCACGCCGUGGUUCAGGGAGCUCUGGGUCAACGCCGACAGGUAGCAGCCGUCGACGGAGGACGCAUUGGUGUAUUUCUCAUUUUGCUGAUUGAGCCAAUUAAAGCAAAGGGAGGGCAUCCCUCUAGCAAGAGUUGGGGCCUUAUUUAUUUUAGGCUGGUGUAAUAAAAUAAGACCUUUUUAAGAAGGCUGUGCCAGCUGUAAAUAUGUAUAGGCAGAAGACACCCAAUUCUGGGUGGGCUGCUUUUGAUCGCAAGUGGCGCAGCAAAGAUGGAAGGGGAGAUGACGCUGAUGUCAAUUCAUUUCCAACUCUGUCAGAUUAUAUAGCCCCAAGUGCUGCUAGUAGCUCAGUUGCAGAAAAUAGUAGGCCAAAACCUAAGCCUUUCGCAUCAGUACUUCGUCCUUCUCUUGAUUUUGCAGCUGAUAGUAAUGGAAACGGAAACAAGCAUUUCACUGUCAUGGAGAAUGCAAAUUGUGGUGUAAAGUCUGCACCUGAAAAUAAAAUUAAGCUUCUGAGCAGUGCUCAUAGUUGGGCGGACAAUAAUUUAAUUGAGGAUGUACUGGCCUCUGUGAAUAAUGAUGUUGACCAAGCAUCUGCUUUGUUGAAAACUAUGGCCUCUCCUUGUUUUCCGAGAAUGGAUGAUGAACUACCUGAUCAGCUUUCUUCUGAGAUUAAUAACACACAUGGUUUGUCAUCAGCAAAUGGUAUAGAAGACAAUAGUCAUGUAAAUGGCUCACAGUCCUUGCCUCUGCCAAUGAAUAUGUCAUCUGUGCCCAUAGAGCCGGAAUUGGAAGAGCUCGAUGACGAUUACUUGAACCACCGGAAAGAUGCAUUGAAGAUGAUGAGGGCUGCCACAAAGCAUUCUCAGGCUGCCAGUAAUGCAUUCUUGAGAGGUGAUCAUGCUGCUGCGAAGGAACUUUCUCUUAGAGCUCAAGAAGAGAGAUCUGCUGCCGAGAAGCUGAACAAGAAAGCAGCAGAAGAAAUAUUUCGCCUCAGGAACAGCAAUAAUAGCAUUUGGAAGUUAGACAUGCAUGGUCUGCAUGCAUCAGAGGCUGUAGAAGUAUUGGAGCACCAUCUCCACAGGAUAGAAUUCCAGCAACCAGGGAAUAAUGCAGCUUCGACUGGUGGAUUAGCUAAGUCCGAACCUGCAAUGGCUGGCUCAAGCAUUGAGCCUGGCCCAGCGAAAGUGGUGUUUGUUCGCCCUAGACAGGUUGUCUUAGAAGUGAUCACAGGGAUUGGCAAGCACAGCAAAGGACAGGCUUCGCUACCUGCUGCAAUCAGGGGCUUCCUCAUUGAAAAUGGCUACCGGUUUGAUGAGCUGCGGCCUGGUGUCUUCUCUGUUCUUCCUAAAUUUCGUCGCAGGUGAACCUGUGAAAGCUGUACAAUACUGCCGCGAGAGCAAAGUAACUUGGAGCCUGGCAAAGUUGAUACGCGUUGAAUGUAACAAAUCUGUAAAAUAUACACGUUAUUUAUAAUUCCAAAAUUCAUCAAAAACAGAAAAAACCAA